AUGCUGGACGACGACGGACACGACAACCCACACGAACUCCGGGAACUAGUGCGAGCCUCAUUUCCGGUCCGAUCAACCGUCUCGGGCGAUCCACCGUUCCCGGAUCCCCCCGGUUGGUCUAACCGAUUGAAAGUGACAAUUUCGUUACAGGCGCUGAUUAGUCAAUCCCGGAGCAUACUGCUGGGUUGCGUAGUCUGUGUCAUCGGCCGACCGGAGCCGGAACCACCACGCGGUCGCAUCGUGACACCGGCGAAGCAACAACAACUGCCCCAGUACGAGUACGGGGCGCCCAAGCCCGAGUACGGUCCGCCGGCCGAAGAGUACGGUCCACCGCAGCCGACCGUCUACGGACCACCCCCGUCCCAAGAGUACGGACCACCGCCGAAGCUGAUCACCAAGAACGUCUACGUGCACGUGCCGCCCGAGGAACCGACCGAGAUCAUCCGCAGCCCCGCGCUACAGGCCCCGAUCCCGAAGAAACACUACAAGAUCAUCUUCAUCAAGGCCCCGGCCCCACCGGCCCCGCUCCGGCAGGUGGUGCCCCCGCAGCCGCAGGACGAGCACAAGACGCUCGUGUACGUGCUCGUGCGGAAACCGGAAGACCCGGUUCCGCUGGAGAUCCCGGUGCAGGAAACCACCGAGCCCAACAAGCCGGAAGUUUACUUCAUCAAGUACAAGCAGAACGAAAAGGAACCACCGAAGCAGUACGGCCCACCGGCGCCCGCCCCCAGCUACGGGCCACCGUCCGGUCCCGCCCGGUACCAGAAGUUCUAG